AUGAAGCUGAUGGAUUAUAAACUAUAUCUUCGUAAAUUCAAGAAAUUGUCUGUGGGACUGAAAAUGUAUGUAAACUCUAAAGCUGUCACUGCCGCUACCCCUCAACUUGGUUCCGCUUUAACAAAUGCUACAAAGAGUGUAAAAAAUGCUCCAAACUGCAAAGGUUCAGAAGAAAUUGAUUUCGAUGAAUUAUCUGCAACAAGUUUUAAAGUUAAAGAAUAUGAAACAAAAAAUGGAAUUUCUUAG